AUGGAAGGUGAUGAGAAUGUAAAACAUCGAUUAGCGGCAGAGUUACGGAGUGUGAGUGAACAGCUGACCCGAUCGACCGUAUCCGAAGCGUCAGUUCGACAUAUUGGGGGUAUUCGUGAUGGAACACCGGGACGAGGCGUGGUUGAGUUGGCUCGAGAGGCGGUCAGUGUCCGAUCGCCAGCUCCACCACCUCGUGCCUCACCGCAGACAAAACGCUCGAUUUAUGGCGAUGCGGAAUUGGUGGAAAUAACGCACAGCAGUGCAAAGCAGCAGCAGCAGCAGCAUCACCAACAGCAAAAACCAAAUGUGAUACGGUAA